CUGUACACGAGGUCAAACUAGAGAGCCACGAUUGUCUCCUUAGCUUGAAAAGCUAUUAAUUCAGGAUUGUUUUCCUCUGGGCCUCUGCUUCUGAGCUAUGCAGAGCUCUAGGGAAUGAGUCCCGUAAUCCCUUAGACUAUUGACACUGAUAAAUCACCUUACUGCAGCUUCUGAUCUUUCAUACCAGGGAGCUCAACGUCAGCUACGGCCAGUUCAUCUGUAGACAGAAAUAGGCUUGAAUCCAAUCAUUGGUGUCUUUGUCAUCUAGAAAGUACAGCAGCAAAGGAAAGAGAGAUUAAAUAGAUUGAGGGCUGUGUAAUGAGCAACGAAUCCUGGCACGGGAAGAUCAAAUGCAACAAAAGCUUGUGGAAAAGACGAAACUAAACCCACACCAGUGCAGUAAGUUGCUUCAAGUCUGAAUACAUAAAAUGGGAAGCUAAAGGCCUAAAGAAAGCCAACGAGAUUGAAAUUCUGUGUUUUUGCCAUGGUGUUGCAAACUUAAUCGAAGUGUGGUGAACAAAUGAGCAGAGCACUGAAGUAGUUAAAACUCUGCUUGUCGUCCAGGUGGCUAUGACAGAGCUUGAUUACACAGAGCACAAGCAAUAGAGACGUAGUAGUAGCACGCCCUUUUCACAUCGAGCUGACUAUCCAGCUGGUAUGAGGCACCGUAUGUUAGUUCGCAAGUAGGUGGCCGUCAGGCUGUGGGCAAACCUUGGGUGUGGGAUUGGUACAUACAACCUGGCACUUGUACAUAGAAGCCAACAUUUCAAUCAAAAAAGAUUUUUGACUCAAAAUCUGGCACCAGUCAGAUGCUGCGUGUGUUUGAAAGUGUUUGUGCGAUGUUUUUGACAGGAGAAUCUGAGAUUUUAUCCGUGCUUAUCUGAUUGUGACUGCUCCCCCUGUUCUCUCCUCCACAGGCAUCCCCCGAUGGACUGCAAACUCAAUGUUCAACCAAACCUCUGUAACUGAAUUCCUCCUGGACUUUUCUGACAGCCAGGAGCUGCAGCCUUUAAUUUUUGCCAUCUUUCUAGCAGCGUACCUGGCAGCUCUGAUAGGAAAUCUACUUGUGAUCAUGCUGGUGGCCCUCGACCACCACCUUCACACUCCCAUGUACUUCUUCCUGAUGAAUUUGUCCAUCCUAGACCUUGGAACCAUCUCUGUCACUGUUCCCAAAUCCAUGGCUAAUUCCCUGUGGAACACCAGGUCCAUUCCCUACGCUGGAUGUGUUGCCCAAGUUUUCUUCUUUUUCUUUUUUGUUACAGCCAACUUUGCCUCCCUCACCAUCAUGGCAUAUGAUCGAUGCAUUGCCAUCUGCAAACCGUUGCACUACGAGACCAUAAUGAACAGAAGAGCUUGUGUCCAGAUGGCAGUCAGUGCAUGGGUCAGUGCCAUUCUCUACUCCUCACUGCACACUGGUAACACUUUUCGGUUACCUUUCUGCCACUCCAACAUCAUUAAGAAGUUUUUCUGCGAUGUUCCCCAGCUGCUCCAGCUCUCCUGCUCUGACUCAUAUCUCAGUGAAGUUUGGCUUCUUGUCUUUGGUAUGUCUUUAUAUUUUAGUUGUUUUCUUUUCAUCAUUGUAUCAUAUGUUCAGAUCUUCAGUGUGGUACUGAGAAUCCCUUCCAAGCAGGACCGCCAGAAAGCCUUCUCCACCUGCAUUCCUCACCUGCUUGUGGUCUCUUUGCUUAUUUUCACUGGCACAAUUGCAUACACGAAGCCCACAUCCAACUCCCCAUCAGCUCUGGAUCUCAUGGUGACUGUUAUGUAUGCUGUACUGCCUUCAAUGGCCAAUCCCAUCAUCUACAGCAUAAGAAACAAGGAAAUCAAAGCUGCCCUUGGGAAAUUUAUUGGACGCAAAUAAUUUGCUUGGAAGAAGGUGUCCAUCUUUUUCUAAUGUGUCAUUUAAUUAUCUUUUUCUGCAUAGAUGUAUUUAGCUGGCAGAUGUCUUCACCAAAGUACAGUAGCGCACAAUUCAGAGCAAUUCCCCCAAAGUUAGUAAAGUUUCUGUAGAUUUAAUUCCUCUUAAUUAUAAUUAGACUUUCUUGACUUAGACGUUUAUAUUAUGUCCUUUCCCAUCUCAAAAGAGUUUGAUGGCUAAGUGCUCAAAGUGUUGCUACAGCUCUACUGAGUUAAGAUUAAGCCUUACUCUGCCUUUGUGCUAAUGCUCCCCCUAAUUCAAUCCACCUGUCAGUGUGUACUUGGUAAAUAGUCCUGCACAUUGAAAGGUGGCUGGAUGGGAUGCUAGUCAUAUAGCUUCCUUAUGUACUACUACCUACAGAAACUGGUGUAGCUUAGCAGUGCUAACCCCUGAAACUACUGGAUCAUGAAGACUUAAAAGCCAUCACUGCUAAUUCACCACCUGCCUUGUAAAAUCAACAGCAGAGCCAAAUACUUACUGGAUUUCAGGGAAUCUCUACUAUUCUGUGGUGUGAGACUUCAUCUCUGGGUCUUAAAUGCAUACCCUCCAUUAGUCGGUCACUGGGCUUUUUCCUUCAGGGCAGGUAUUUGGAAGUUCUUAGGAAGAUGGAUGCAUGCAGGUGGGGAAUGGGUGAUGUUUGCUUAGAUGGACUUGGGCAGGAUUUCUCAGCUAUUAUUUCCUCGUAGCAUUGUUUUCAUUUUAAAUGAGGGAUCCCAAGACAGAGAGGGGGGCUCUCUCUCCACAAGGAUGAAGAGUGGAAAAGAUGACUAGUAAUUUUCCACAUCCCUGCUUGACGGCUAGAAAAUGGCAUUCAGAGGUUUGUUUUUGGGAUCUGGCUUGCAGGUAUAUAUACGUAUAUAUUAGAAUAAUGCUUCAGAACAGUAGCAAGGGUUAAUUGAUUUCUAAAUGCCUGGUUUUCCCACAUUUUCACAGCCUUCAAGGCAGACAGGGUGUCUAGCCCAGGCAAGCAACAAGGCCAACAGAUAUACAUAUAGCCUGGAAAAUUGUGGACAUGUACCACACCGUUCCAUAACAUGAGAUAAGGUGGCACCAGCUCACAAAGCCCAAUAGUGGGGGGCCUAAGAGUUCCAGUUCUUGGGGAACAGACCAAAUUAGGACACUGGAAAGCCCAUAUUAGGAUGCAUGCAUGUGAUGGGCCUGUGAAACAAAAGAAUAUGCUGACAGGCAAUGUUCCCUCUAAGGAGUAGUGGUCCAUGAGUACACUGCUUCAGUCCAUGAGUGCGCUGCUUCAGUGCCACCUCUCCCUUCCGGUGCGGUGUGGUCCGCCAGUACGUGUCCCAAAAUAAGUGUCCAGGUGGGAGCGGGCAGGGUUCAUCCAUCACCCUUCUCCAUGCUAACUGCUGCCCAGAGCAGUGGAGUGGAGUGCUGUGGCCCAGCCAUGGGCCAGACACAAUCAAU